AAGGACAGAAAGCGGCCCAGAAAUAGGGGGCGGGGGGCGUCGUCUUGGGCACAAUUGCGCAGGGGCAAAGGUCGAGCGGUCCCGCUGCCGCAGUUUUUGAAAACAUCAUCCAAUUCUGAUUAUGGACUCGCAGCCAUCGAACCUUAGUUUCCAUCCCCUCUAGUGAAGACUCUAGUGACUUCCCUCCUUCCCUUGGGCCCGGGCCGAGGAGGUGUUCUCGGGCGCGGGAGGUUACGCAGACCCAAGCCCGGCCAGGGGAGGCGACCGAUCCGUCGCCGGCGCUGACAGUCCUCAUGGCGCCGCCUCUGGCCCCGCUCCCUUCCUGGGACCCAAGCAGGGCCGGGCCCGAGUUGAGGGAGCCUGGGGCCGUGAGCUUCGGGGACGUGGCCGUGUACUUCUCCCGGGAGGAGUGGGGCUGUCUGCGGCCCGCGCAGAGGGCCCUGUACCGGGACGUGAUGCGGGAGACCUACAGCCACCUGGGCGCGCUCGCAGAUUCCGGAAACAAGGAAGAAGAAAGACAAAGGGAAGGGUCGGGAGCCCUGGAGAAAUCCCUCCCUGUGGCCACAGGGCCUCCUGGGCUGAAGGCUCCCCAAGCCCCCUUUGGCAGGUUGGAGCUGCCAUCCAAGACGCGUCGCUGGAGUCACCCCCGCUUCUUUGCCCAUCCCCCUGUCCCACGAGCGGACCAGCGUCAUGGCUGCUACGUGUGCGGGAAGAGCUUCGCCUGGCGCUCCACGCUGGUGGAGCACAUCUAUAGCCACAGAGGCGAGAAGCCCUUCUGCGCGGACUGCGGCAAGGGCUUCAGCCACGCUUCCUCCCUGAGCAAACACCGGGCCAUCCAUCGUGGGGAGCGGCCCCACCGCUGUCCCGAGUGUGGCCUGGCCUUCCUGCGCCGCACAGCGCUGACUUCGCACCUGCGCAUCCACACAGGGGAGAAACCCUACAGCUGCCCGCAGUGUGGCCGCUGCUUCGGCCUGAAGACAGGCAUGGCCAAGCACCAGUGGGUCCAUCGGCCUGGGGGCGGUGGGCGCAGGGGCCGGCGCCCUGGGGGGCUGUCUGUGACCCUGACCCCUGGCCAUGGGGACCUGGACCCACCUGUGGGCUUCCAGUUAUACCCAGAGAUAUUCCAGGAGUGUGGGUGACCAGGUGUGAUCUAGACAUUGAGGGAGGCCUGAGAUGGGCUCAGGGGCCCGAAUCUCUGCAGCAGCCUGCAGGGAGGUCCUAGAGUCCCCGUCAAGAGCUGGCUCUGGGGUUCGGACAGUCGCAUCUUGGGCUCUCAGCAGACUCCUCUGCCAGCGGCUUGCUCCCAGCUGCCCCGGGCUCUCGAAGGCCCCCUUUGCUGAGGCAGGGCUGAGGUGAGAACCCCGAGACCUCUAUAAAGGGAAGCAAAAGCUGUUUCUCAGCCCAGAGAUGCUAACAGGAUUGAGGUAGAGAAGAACCUUGUUUUACCUAUUGUCUUUUUUUUUCUUUUUUAAUUUUUUGAGAUGGAGUUUCCCUCUUGUUGCCCAGGCUGAAGUGCAAUGGUGUGAUCUCACUGCAACCUCCUCCUGGGUUCAAGCGAUUCUCCCUGCCUCAGCCUCCCGAGUAGCUGGGAUUAUAGGCGCCUGCCACUAUGCCCAGGUAAUUUUUUUGUAUUUUUAGCAGAGACAGGGUUUUACCAUGUUGGUCAGGCUGGUCUCAAACUCCUGACCUCAAGUGAUCCACCUGCCUCGGCCUCCCAAAGUGUUGUGAAUACAGGAGUGAGCCAACUCGCCUGGACUUUUCUUAUUCUUUGACCUUCCUAGAACAGAAUACCCAUAGUUUAUUUUAUUUAUUUAUUU